CAACCCCCUGUCAGAUCCCCUGGCUUCUCGAGUCCAACCCCUCCCCAUUGGCGCUGUAGGACGGGGCUCAUCUCCCCCCCCUGACAAAUUCGUGCAUGGAACAAACGAUCGUGGCUACCCCCAGCCCUCUCAAAACCAAUUUACUCGCCAACUCCACCGGAAUUCCGUGAUCUUGACCUCGGCCUCACUCACAGUGACCGACACGGCAAUACGGCACUUCUCGAACGGACUUCUGCGGGUGGAAUUCCUUACCACGGGCAAUGGAUCGCCACCACUACUCGCCCAGCCCUCAAGAGCAGCCUGGGCUGGAGGUAAUGGACCAACCGGAUCUUGAGGUCGCCAGCUCCCACUAUGGUUACUAUGGUCAACCCCUUCCCGAGGUUGCAGCCAGCGAGUAUAUCCAUAGCGGAAAGGAGGCGACCACGCCUUCAUACGCCUACUCGGCAGACCCGGAGCACUACCCACCACCGGCGUCACAUCUGCAUUCGACGCCUUCCACGCCCGCCGCCGGUUCGGGGAGGAAGCGGAUGUGGUUAAUUAUCGGAGGAGUCAUUGCCAUCCUUGUUAUUAUUGGCGCCGUCUUGGGGGGUGUAUUAGGGAGCAGAGCUGCAAACUCGUCAUCAGGGGACUCAUCAGCAUCACAGGGGGGCGAGGACUCGGCAAGCUCUGGGGAUGACGCGGGAGGUUCAGGGGAUGCAGACCCUCCAGCCGACGACACGAACAGUACGGCCAACUCAACACCGAUACGGCAGGGCUCAGGGCUCGCCGUGACGGGCUGGAGAAAGCCGGAUGGCAGUGCCGAAACGUACCUCUUCUUCCAAGAUGAAAAGGACGAGCUGCAAUACGUACGAUGCGACAAGAGCCUUGCGUCGGACAAGGACACGUGCUGGUCGGAGCCCGUCAGCAUAAACUCGUAUGCCAUAGCCGGCAGUCGCCUGGCGGCCUCGACGAUUAUCUGGGGCGAUUACUUUCAGCCCAUGAUCGAGCUCUUCUACACGGGUGUCAAGUCCCGUCUGCUCGGCGUCAGCUUGAACGAACUCGACACCCCCAGCACCAAGGAAGAUAGCGUCAACAACCGCGAUAUCUACACAGGCCUCGGCAGCGGCCUGGGAGCCUACUGGCCGUGGAUCCUCUUCCAAGACGGCGCCGGCUCCCUCCACCACGUGCGCAACCUCCUAACCGGUGGCAAGGACUUCCGGCCGUCCGCAUCGUGGGACAACAACGACCUCAAAUUCACGCCGCAGGCGGGCACCCGGCUGGCCGUCGUCCCCACCGCAACCGACUUCAACACCAUCGCCGUCAAGCCCGGGUACGCCGUCUUCCACCAAGACAAGGACUCCAAACUCGCGGUCCUGAUCCAGGACCUCAACUCGCCCAACCGAUCCGCCAGCUUCCGGCAACCCUGGCCGACCACCCUGCCGGACAUCACCCUGCCCAGCAAGCAGGCGCCGAUCGCGGCCUUCUCGGUCGCGCGCGGCGGCGGCGACACGGGCCGCCGCGUCGACACGGGCCGCCGCGUCGACACCUACGUGCUGCACCCGGACGCCGACGGCAACAUCCUCGUGCUAUACACGGACGGCGGCGCGGCAGACCCGGACUCCGGCGAGGCGCCGUGGAGGACGGCCGCGCCCGAUGCGCUCAAGGGCGCUGAUAAGGAUACUGAUAUUGCUUGUCUGACGCUGGGCUCGUCGCCGUCGAAUGCGGCGGGGAAGGCUGUGCCGGUGGAGGAGGCGGAGGAUGAGAGGCGGUGUUACUUUCAGAGGGGUGGGAAGGUGGUGGAGGUGAAGUUGGAUGGGGAAGGGGGGGAUUGGGUGGUUGUGGGGGACGUGCCGAUACCUUCGUGA